UCUGUAGCUCGUCUCUUCCGUCAUUCUCGUCGGGCUGGCAACAGACGCAGUGCCUCAUCUCUUGUUGCCAUUCGCAAUUGGCCCCCACAGCCUGCAGUUCUAUCUAUCUCUCUCUCUUUCUCCCUCUAUCUGAAUCUCUGGAUAUCUCUAGCCUCGUAUCUACUCGCCUUGUGUCGUCUCGGCCGAGGCGAGAUUCAGAGAUGCCCGAGGCUGGGAGGCGAGGCGGGUUCGAUCGCCUUUUCCCGACCGCCUCCAGCAAAGUCUUGUGGAUCAAGUGAAGACUGUCUUGAGGAGGCGCAAACUUUGCCCUCCAACAAUCCAGUCGAACAGCGUUUGUCAGCCUCCAACAGCCGCAAGGGGUUAGGCGUAACCACGGCGAAUCCAAUCAAGACGCUGAGCCAAUUUCGGCUCUUCCACUCCACCAGCUCCAGUUCGGAGGCUCCGAGGCCGACGAACGAUCCGCUGACGAGCAAUUCGGACGUCGAUGCGGCCGGACCGGUGGUCUCUGAGGCUGGGGCAAAUGCUGAAAUGGGCCAAGAGGUGAUUGCCUCCCCCGCGGUUCGUCAAUCGAAAUGCAUCCUUCUCACCGGUUUCGGUGGGCCACGCUACGUCCGAGUUGAGCUGAAAGAUGAUCAGCCCGUGGGGCAUGAUGAGGUGGCAAUCAGAGUUAGCGCUUGGUGA